AUGUCACAGAAGAGCUCUGCCGGUGACCUGGACAUCAAGUCUCAGCAAGAGAACCUCCUCAUUGAUGCCGGUGAAGCCAUAACGAGACAGUGGCUAAAGGUCUUCUUGGUCCUGAAGGCAAAGUCAAUUCUCAUUUCGAAAACAAAUAAGACUGCGAUUAAGGCAUGUGCAGUUGACAAUCGAGAUGUCGAAUCGCAGCAACUGGUUGACGAUCAAGAUGCCGAAUUGCAGCAACUGGCUCGACUCUAUACUGGCCCAAUAAAAAACCUUCAUUUCCUCUACUCGGCUUCAGAGGCUCUCCAGGGUUCAAUCCAAAAGAUAAAAAAGGUUCUCCAGGGCCUCGUUUCGACAGCAAAUAACCCUGUGAUGCAGACACAACUUGAUAGCACAGAAUUACUGGAUACUGGGAAACCAGAGCUGAUCAGUGAAUUGCGCCUCAACUGCGGGGACAACAAUCAUGAAGCUGCUGAUGUGGUGCUCCAAACUGAAAAUAUCGCUAGAAUGAUGAUGGAAAAGGAUUUGACUACCUUACAAGACUUUGGAGGUGUCCCAGGGAUAGCAGAGGCUCUCAACAGUGAUGUGGCGAAUGGAAUUCCAGGUCAUGAGGAGGACCUCCAUUGCCGACGCACUGCACUCAAACCCGAGUUGGAGAUUCAUAACAGAAACUUCAUCCACUUUCUCAGGAAAUCUUGCAACAGUAGCACCAUUUUCCUCCUCCUGCUUUUUGCCAUUCUGUCAUUUGCCUUUGGGAUCAUGGAGAAAGGCCUGAGAACGGGUUGGUAUGAAGGGGCUCUUACGUUAGGUGCUGUCAUUCUAAUCGUGAUAGUCCAAUCAAUUUGUGAAUUUCGGAAAGAAAGUUCGCGUCAUCUGUCAAGAAACCUGCCUUGGCAAAAUGGGGAAACGGAAGUUCAUGUUUUAAGAGGGGGAUUCUGUCAAAAUAUUUGCAUCUCCGAUGUCCUCUCAGGAGACAUUGUGCUAUUAGAGAAGGGAGACCGAGUUCCUGCUGAUGGUCUGCUCAUACCCUCUGAAUCCUUGGAAGUAAAUGACACAGCUGAUCCCACAGCUGAUCCCAUCAUCAAUGAUCAGAAUCCGUUCUUGUUUUAUGAUUCCAGAGUAAUUGAUGGUACAGGCAAAAUGCUGGUGACCUCUGUUGGUGCCGACACGAAGUUUGGCAAUCUGUUGAGCAGAGCUCCACUAUCAAAAGAGACAAAAGUAGAGGAUCAACUCCACAAGCUCAGCACUUCGAUACAAAUAAUUGGUACCGUCAUCUCAAUAAUCAUCAUUGCAGUGUUGUUUUUGCGGUUUGAGCUCAAGAAGAAUAAUGACAAGUCGGGCCUGCCAGAUUUCAAAGGGAAGUCACAUCCUCUAAAGGGAUUAAAUGAAGCUAUAAAGAAAGUUUUCCUGAGAUCACGAGGGAUGUUAAAUACGUUGACCUCUUCAUUUACUUUGCUACUAGUUGGAAUAGCUGAAGGACUACCGUUAGCAAUCACUAUUGCCAUCACUUGCUGGAACAAGAGGAUGCUAGGUGACAAGGCCUUCGCUCAAGAACCAUUGAUUGCUGUCACCAUGGCAUCGGUCACCAUUAUUUGCACCGACAAAACAGGGGGACUAACAUUGAACCCACAAGAAGUUGAAAGGUGCUGGAUCGGUGAAGAAGUUAUCAGUCAAGAUUCCAAGAUAUCCAUUCAUGUUCUGGACGCAUUUUACGAUGGAAUUGGCAUAUCAUCUUUAUUACCAGAGAACAGCCGAACCUCAAUGGAUAACUCAAUCCUUUCUUGGGCUGCCGAGCAAUUGGGAUUCAACAUGGAUAUCUGGAAGCAACGUCACAGUAUCAUUAAGUUCAAACAGCCAACCCUCAAUGAGAACAUAGUCGCAGCAUUGAUUGCAAAGACUGGAGGUAACGGGCCUAUGUACUUGCACUUCAGAGGACAUGCAACAACAAUAUUAAACAUGUGUUCACAAUUUUAUAACAUUGAAGGCAUAACAAGGCCCAUGGAUAGAAGUGAAAAGAUAAAUUUUGAAGGCCGUAUUGAGCAAAUGCUGUCAAAAGGUUUUGAAUCCAUUGCAUUUGCUUGUAUGCAAGUUGAUGACUCUAGGUUUGAUGAAGGCAAUCUAACAAUGCUGGGACUGCUGGGGCUGAAGAGGACUGGCUGGGAAGAUACAAGAGAGGUGAUAGAAGAAUGCAGAGAAGCCGGAAUUAAAGUAUCACUAGUAUCGAGUGAGGAGGUUUCAACGCUUAAGAACAUUGCUACAGCGUAUGGAGUGAUACAGCCUGAUUCAGAAGCACUGGUCAUAACAGGUGAAGAAUUUCGGAAUAGCUCUGAUGAUGAGAAAAUGAAUAUGGCAACUAGAUUUUCUGUGAUGGGGAACUCCCUCCCGAAAGAUCGGCUCCUUCUACUCAAAUGCCUGAAAAAUCAAGGACACAAAGUUGCAGUGGUCGGAAACAGAACAAAUGACAUUCCCAUGCUAAAAGCUGCUGAUGUGGGACUCACAUUGUCUACUAGGAGCACUGACAUUGCAAGAAAAAGCACUGACAUUGUCAUCACGGAAGGCAAUUUCACAUCCAUUUUAGCCACAAUUAAGUGUGGAAGAUGCAUAUACAGUAACAUGCGAAAGUACAUCCAAUUUCAGCUAACUAUGGCCUUAGCCGGGUCGUUAAUACCUUUAAUCACAAAUGCCUCUCAUGGAAAUUCGCCUAUAACGACGAUUCAGCUCCAAUGGGCAAUCUCAGUUUUGACUCCUCUAGGUGGUUUGGCUCUUUUGAUGGAGCCGCCCUGUGAGAUGCUCAUGAAGAAAUUCACACCGGGACAAGAUGGACGACUCAUCACCAAGGCUAUGUGGGUGAAUAUUUUCAUACAAACAGCUUACCAGGCAUCUCUUUUUGCAACCAUACAGUCUAAAGGGCCUACAAUGCUCAGGCUUAAUGAGAAGUCAAUUAGGACUCUGAUAUUCAACAGCUUUUUUCUAUGCCAGAUAUUCAACAAGUUCAAUGCACGAGAGCCUAAAAACAAGAACAUCUUCAGAGGGGUCCAUCGCAGUAAAUGGUUUUGGGUGUGUAUAGGUGCUGCUUUGUUGUUGCAGGUUGCAUUUCUUGAGAUUGCACAUAUUAUCGCAGGUGAUUCAAGAUUGACAUGUGCAGAAUGGGGAAUGUGUCUGCUUCCUGGGAUAAUCUCAUGGUGCAUUGACUUAGCUGGAAAGUGCAUAUUUCUCAUGAUUAAAAGUCAGGUGACAAAGCCACUGGGUUCAGUUUUCAGAGAUAACAGAAACCUAAUCUUGGCUGACACAGAACCUGCUGGCGAUCUUGAGCUUCCACUCAUUCAGGAAGUUGAAGGCCCAACAUAUCAGAGUUAA